CAAUGAGAAUGCAGAGCAGGAGAAGCUUGUGAGCCUAUGCGGGAUUCUCAACGCUAAGGCCGACACUUCGGAGGUAGGCAAGAAUUGGAUAGCCAAUGGAAAUGUGAUGUCACGGGACGUUGCUGCUGGUUGGAUUCUUCACUGCAGGCACAACGUCCAAGCUCUAAAAUUCAUGAACGUCGUGAGAGAAGAACGCCUGGUAGAAAUGACCUCGAAGCUAUACAUGCAAGAGAUCUCACAGCUAUGUCUUCAACUGGGGCCAUCAAAAGGCGAGGCUUUGUUCAGAAGCAUGCCAGAGAGUUUGAGGACAGAGGAGGUAACCAUGGCUUUUCUUACAGCUGUUGCGAAAGAGGACGACGGAGAGAUUGAUGGACGAGCUAAACGGCUCGUUCUCCGUCGACGCCUUGAACUCGUUUCUACACAUGUAUCUCAGCACGACAAGCUGCGGGAUGCUUACUACAGGUUCAAGGGUUGAAGCCGGUCCUCUUUACGUACUGGCUGGUUCUCCAGUGCUGAGAAAGUUUUGAGAAGAUUGAGAUGGAGUUCGACGCGGAGCUGAAAAGAACUAACUUCGAAGAGGCACACGGCUACUCAAUCUGAUAAUGCGUUCCUAUGCACUCUUGGGAAAGCGGAAGAUGGUGGACAGGAUGUGGACGCUGCUCAAGAGCGAACAAGUUGCUGCUCCCGACUUAAACAGCUACAUCUCCGCCAUCAAGUCGUUUGGUUUGUUCGGGGACUUGGAAAAGGCAUAUGAGGUGCUGGAGGAAGUGCUGCAAAAGUUCGAACGGAUUCCUCAAAAUCCAUACAUCUGGAUCGUGGAAAUCUGCGUGAGGCUCAAGAUGAUCGACCAGGCGGAGAAGCUCAUGGAGAAGCACAUCGGCAAGAGCUGCUUUCUUCCCUACAACUUUCUGGUCACUGGCUACGUUGAAACUUCGCAGAUCUCAAGCGCGCUCAAGAAGCUGGACGAAGCUUUCGAGAUUCCUUUCAAGGACCGGAAGCUAUUCUACAAGACAGUGAUGGCUUUGCUCCCUGUGUUCGCCAAGAGGGGAGACAUACACUCGGCCGAGAAGCUCAUUUCCAACUACGGCUCCUGCGGUGACGUGAAAGUCUACAACGCACUGCCCAACGUCUAAUUUCUACAAAGA